GAUAACUACAAAUAUGUUUACAUCUAACGAAAUAACAUUUAGUAUUUAAUAGCUUGCAAUCAACUCAAUUGUAGUCUAAUAAAGUUAAAUUGAAAAUGAGUGACUCGAUAAUGGAAAUAAAGAACUAUCGUACAGUGAAAGUACCACCUGAAGGAGGCUUUGGAUAUUUGGUGGCAAUUGGAAUGUCGAUGCCUUUCAUUUUUGCUUUAAGUAGUAUGCCUUCAUUUGGAUUGAUGUUCAACGAUUUUCUGUUAGGCUUGGGCGAAGAAACUAGCGCAGUCACAAUUAUAACGAGUACAUUUUUCUGUGCGUUUAGUUUUGCUGGGCUAUUCACAAAUACUCUGUUUAAAAAAAUGUCAAUUCGAAAGGUUGGAAUAUUUGGGGCCACCAUGUACUUUGUGGGCAGUCUGAUGACAAUAUUUGUAACUUCAGUUGAACAGCUGAUGAUUUCGUUUAGCAUAUUUCAAGGUGCUGGAUUUGGUUUCAUGAUUCCAGUUGCAUAUACGACAUUCAAUCUGUAUUUUGUCAACAAACGCGUUGUCAUGAUGAGCGUUGCGCAAUCUUUAAUCGGAGUCGGGACGAUGCUGUAUCCAAUCAUGGUACAAUUUUUUAUGGAUAAAUAUGGUUUUCGUGGUACGAUGGCAAUGGUCGCAGCUUUGAACGGUCAUGUGAUUUUUGGCAUGAUAGUUAUGCAUCCCAUCGAAUGGCAUUAUAAAGUGUACAAAGUUCGCAUUGAUGAAGACCUACCAUUAAUGAAUACAAACAAGCCAGAAGUAAGGAUAGUUGUUUUAUCGGAGAAUGACUGUGAGUUAAAACCACAAAUUGAUAUAGAAAACGAAAUUCCAAGCGAUCAACAAACUCAAAAUGAAAUUAACGCUGAAUUGGUGAAAAGUCAGCGAAGUAAAUCACUAGAUCCGACACAAAUCCUCGAUGGUUUCGAUCCCACUCAAAGACGUGUUUCAAGCAUUUCGAGCUUAGGAAAUUGGACUGGUGCUGUUAUUGUCAGUGAAGCUCUCAAACCAACUAAGAAAAAUGGAAAAUGGCAAAAAGUUGUGGACUUCCUUGAUUUAACACUGUUUAACGACUUAAUUUAUGUGAAUAUUGCUCUCGGCUGUGGAUUCGCCUUGUACUCUGAUACUGCAUUUUUUACAUUGCAGCCGAUGUAUUUGUUUGAAUUGGGAUUUUCAAAAACUGAUGCAAGUGUGAUAAUAGCAAUCGGCGCCGCUGCUGAUUUAGGAUCGCGAAUAUUUAUGGCGGUGAUGAGUUUAUGCAUUCAAGUGAAAGCCCGACACAUUUAUCUUGCUGGUGCAGUUCUUACAAUUGUAACUCGUUUUAUAUUUUUGUAUGUAUUCGACUUUGUUGGAAUGGCCGCUAUCACAGCAUUGAUGGGAUUUUUUCGCACUUGGAUUCAUGUUCCCUUGCCAUUGGUAUUCGCAGACCAUUUGUCACAAGAAAGAUUUCCAUCAGGUUAUGGUUUAUUCAUGAUGUUGAGCGGCAACAUAACUUUUCUAUUUGGUCCCUUCGUUGGUUGGAUUCGUGAUAUAACCUCGUCAUAUAUAGUUUGCUUCCAUUCGCUUACAUUUGUAAUGGCAAUGUGCGCAGUUCCGUGGAUUAUUGAAUUUAUAUGUCUUUACAUUUACCGACGAAAAAUUGAAAACUAAAGUAUAGAGAUUGACUAUGAACCAUACGUAAACUAUAAUAAUGUUUGAAAUAGUUUAUUAGUCUUAAAAUGAAAAUACAAGC